AUAUUUUUUGUUAUCAGUAACACAUGCUAGUUUGUAACUUAGCUAGAUAGCGAAACCCUUUCAGCUUGUCAACAAUCACCUAUGCUAUGUUGCUAGUUACCAAUGUCUUGUUGGGGUCAUGUUUAUCCAUGUUGGCGUGAUUGAGCUGGAUGUAUGUAACCGUAACGUUACAAACCUGAACCCACUUGAAAUUGGGGAGUUGGCGUUAGCAUUAUUGUUUACAAACACACGAAUAACAAUUUAUAGAAUCUAGUUAGUAAAAAGCCAUUAGCUCCUUAUCUGAUUAAUCUAACGUUAGCUUGCUAGCUACGCUUGCGACUUCAUAUCCGCAACCGUAACAACUAUUGCUUGUAGCUACAUUUUAAUUGGAGUUGCUAACUUCAGUAUAAUUCUUCCACUGUAGAGGAUCAACAUGCAUUGCAAUCAAUGCGAACUCUUUCAGCGACAGUUAUUGUCUUGCGUUUCUUUUGGCACAGGCAGAUCUCUUCUCGGUCUUGUCCAGCUCUCUUGUUUUGGUGCUGCAGGAUCACGUGUACUUAUCAGUGACGCGUGUGUGGAUAUAUUGGUUUGUGCGUGCAGCUCGUACAGUGCACUGCAGCUUAACUGAAAAUUCCCUUUACUGUAACAAACCUUGUAGGGCUGAGCGACGAAUCUGAGAGUGGAAGACUCGUCUCUAACAUGUAGGCUCAAUUUUUGUGAACAGUCCCAUCACAAGUCAGACGGUUGAAUAAACUUCAUUUGAACGUACUUUAUCCAUUUACAUUUUAGUCAUUUAGUAGACGCUCUUAUCCAGAGCGAUUUACAGUUAGAGUGCAUACAUUUACCCCUUGUCUGCUGAUUUUUGUCCUUAUGUAGGAGGUAAUCUGAGACAAAGUAUCCGCAGGGAAGUGUUCUUAGCCCGAAUUUCAAUACAAUGGUCUAAAUGGUUGGCAUUUCCGGUUUUUAUUUUCAAUACUGAUGCAAUUGAGUAUGAGUCAUAAAACCCGGUAAUGGCUGGUGCGGAAUAGUAUCAUGUUUUCCAUGUGUUUGAUGCCAUUCGUUCCAUUGUUUUGAUAACGCGCAAAUCUCUCUUGGACAAGGUAACUUUAAAAAAAUGUGCAAUGCUAACUAUUGAUAAAAGUAAAUUGAGGCAAAUAUAUUGAUAAAACUCACCUUGUAAAAGAGAGAGAAUUACAUGGCUAUCAAAAAGUCAUGCCAAGGUAAGCCUAAACCAAACACACAAUUAAUUAGAUUUCAUGAUGUGAAAAAUGAAUGAAGGAAAAACCAUUGGAGCUAUUUGCGUGGUAUUAUGGGUAUUAUGAUGCAUCCACUGUGGCGGACUUUUCGUAUGUGACAAACGCUUGUCUGAGCCUAACCGAACCACAGCUGAUUGCAAGGAAACGUGUUUUGGUCAAAUACCUUUGGUUACAUUAGGCUAUUGUUGACAUAUUGUGCAAUGCCUGAAAAGAUUGAAAAUACAAGUGACAGAACCUACCGGCACCACAACCCUCCUACCUCCAAAAGGACCAACCACAUGUACAACUGGUAAACGCUAGCCCGCCAUGCCUGGGAAUGACGAGCGGCCCACCUCCAUGUCCACCACUGGCAGCGAGGACGCCAGCAGCGACGCCGAGUCGUCUUCGGACCGCUAUGACAGCAUCACGUCUGCCAGUGACUUGGACUGCUCCCGCCAGAGCUUCACCAGUGACUGCUCCAGCAGCAAGCACAGCUCGCCCUCCUCCAGCCCGCCCAAAACUAUAACACUGGAUGAGGUCAUGUCUUCUGCCCGGGACCUGUCCAACCUGACCCUGGCCCACGAGAUCAUCGUCAACCGUGACUUCCAUGUGGAGCAGCCCUACCUACCUCAGAACAGUUUGGAGAAGCAAGUCAAAGAUAUAGUUCACAAGGCGUUCUGGGAUAGCCUGGAGUCUGAGCUGAAUGAUGACCCACCAGAGUAUGAGCACGCCAUCAAACUGCUGGAGGAGAUCAGAGAGAUCCUGCUGUCGUUCCUGAGCCCGGGAGCCAAUCGGCUGCGGACUCAGAUCCUGGAGGUGCUGGACAUGGAUCUGAUUCGCCAGCAGGCGGACAAGGAAGCGGUGGACAUACAGGGCCUGGCCUCUUACAUCGUCAACAUCAUGGGCAAGCUGUGCGCCCCCGUCCGCGACGACGAGGUCAAAAAGCUCUGCGAGAACCCCGACAACGUUGUGUCAAUGUUCAAGGAGAUCUUCCGGGUGCUGGACCUGAUGAAGAUGGACAUGGUGAACUUCACCAUCCAGAGCCUGCGGCCCGAUCUGCAGAGGCAGUCAGUGGAGUACGAGAGGGCCAAGUUCCAGAGCAUCGUGGAGAAGACUCCCAGUGCGUUGGACCAUACCACUGAGUGGAUCAAGUCCUCUCUGGAGGAGGUGCUUUUCUCCAUGCCAACCAUGGAGCAGCCCAACGGCCAUGGGAAGGUGGGGAAAGCCCUGCCAAGUCCCCUCCUGGUCUUCAACAGUGGAUUCAUCCGCAUCCUCACCUGGGACUACCACAAGAGCCCACUGCCUGAGACCCUGAUGACAGACGAGGUGCGUCUGCAGGAGCUCCAGCGCAGGCUCCAGCUGCUAAAGGCUGUGGCCUCCGUGCUGCUCAUUGUCUACAGCGCCAUCGGAGGGCCCAUCUCGGCGCUGCCCGCGCUGGUCGAGCGCCUCAAAAGGAUGACCAGCGUGCUCCUGGAGGGCAUGCACAGCACGGACUUUAACCUGUCAGAGGCUCUGGGGAACGUCAGUGCUCAGAUCUGCUGUGAGCUCAACAAGUCCCUGACUGAGAGGAACUACCCAGCAUUGCCCCCAGAACUCCAGGUCACCCUCAAGGGCCAGAUCACCAGCAUCACCCAGGAAAACAACCCUAUCCGCAGUCUUGUGGAGGGAAGGGUCCAGCAGUACUUCCGGGUGCUCCUCGCCACGCCCAACUCUCACGUGAACCCGCCCCCGACGCCCGGAGGCUUGGCGCUGAUCCAACCGGAGCUCACCUCCUUGGCGGUCACCUUCGUCAGCCUGGUCAACUUCAACAAGCAGGUCUACAGCCCCUUCUACAUGAUGAUCCUCAAGACCCUGCUAUUCAGUAACGCGGUGCCUCCACCGGUGGCCACCGCUCCCCAGGACCCCAGCAUACAGAACCCUGUGAACUCCAACUAGGACCGCCAACCUACCUACCGAGCCAGGAGCAAUACAAAGCUGGAGCUGAUGACACCUUAUUUGAAAAAGGGGCAAAGAAAGGAAAGACUUAGCAGCUAGCUAAAUCCCCCCCCCCAUCCCUAACCCUCCUUCCCUUUAGAUGAAGUAGUAUCACAGCUACGUUUUGUCUAGAAUGUCGGGGUACGUGCAUUAGAGGUGCAUCAGGAAAAUGACAACGAGCGAUUGUGGUGCACGUACAAGCUUUGACUAAUCCACCUACCACUGUCGUGUACUGCGACAUCCACUUUGUGACACCUGAUCUGAUCUGUUAGUGAGAUUUUGUGUAGAUUCAUACCUAAAAACGGACCCUAGUGUUUUAUGUGAGGAAUCUUUCCCAAUGUCCUUUUUAGUUAGAUUAGGGUACGUUGUGAAUCUGCGUUCGCAUGGAAGGGAGUGCUCGACAUCCGUUGUCCUGUUAUUUUGGAGAGUGUCAUCGGAAAAGGGUAGAACGUUCAUAAAAUGCUACUGUUACAAAGAACAUUUAUACACAUUUCAUAGACUUUAUGACAUAAAAGGGAAAGGCCUAUAUAUUUAUAAUCAUAUAAUUGCCAAUUUUUAUAACAUCACAUUUCAUAAGCUUUAUGCUGUGCAGAGCAGGUUAAAUAAAGUUGAUCAGUAACUGUUUGUUACACGUUGAGGUUGACAAACCCAGAACACAAAAUGCUAUAUUAUUCAUGCCAUUAGCCUAUUCAUUGAAGUGCCACCAUUUGAAUAGAAAUAUAAAAAUAAUUGUUUUUAACUUAUGUCUUGUGAUAACUCGCCAUUAAACUGGUUAGAGCUCGGGAAAUGUCAUCUUGAAUGAAAACAAGAGACUUGUUUUUAUUGUUGCUUUCCAACAUGUCGAAGACGUGUUUAAAUCACUUGAGCUAAAUUAGGAGACUAAUUAAUAUAUAUAUAUAUAUAUAUAUAUAUAUAUAUAUAUAUAUAAACGUUUUUAUUUUAGGGACUGAUUAAUUGAUAUGGUUAUGGCAUCACUAAACCUGAUGGAUUCUGACCUUUGACCUUUUGGAGAUAUAUAAUGCAUGUUUUAUUUUGUGUUAACAUUUGUUGGAAAACAUUUUGUUGUAUGUUAGCCCUUGGAUAGUAUUCAGUAAUUUUGUUGGGCUGUUUGAAUGUGUUGAUUUAAUGUAGUGUUUGUUUUGUUAUUUCGUAUCAGUGGAUUUAUAAAGUCUCUUGCUUGAUAUGUUGAAGGUACCAGUAUUAGUUGUCCUUCUAUACCUAUAUUUCCCUAAAAGCUAUCCAACAGCUGGACAUUUCUGGACAUUUUAUGUAAUAUCUAUCUUUGGUUUAGAUAAGUCAAGUCAUGAGAGGUGCUGAAGAUGGUUGUUUUGAAAUGUCUAUAACUUCCCACGAUGGAACUUUUUGAUGCAGAAUAAACAUUGUAUGUUGUUAGCUUUUAAAGUUCACUUGAAUAAAUACAUUAUCUUCUCAUGUAAUGCAGCUAUAAUACAAUAAACCCUCAUGCGUUACCUAAUUAGUCUUGCAGUGACCUGUGUGUGUGCGGGCUUAUUGAAAAUAGUUGUCUACAUACAGACACAACAGUCAAAGACAGUUGUAAUACGUGCAAAGGGUAUAGAUUGUAUAGAUUACAAUCAGACAAGGAAUGUAAGAAGAACUCUGUGACCUGAAAAAUAAAUAAUAAUAAUAAAUCA